AUGGCUCGUCAACGAAAAAAGGGUGAUGCGAACGCCGAGCAACAGCAGCCUGCGAAUGGCGCAGGGCAAAAAGCUUCGUCCUUCUGCUCCUGGAAGUGCUGUGGAGUCACUCUUGGGCUCAUUUUAGGGCUAGCAACCCUAUCUGCACUGCUGCUGCUGUCCUUUACUCCAGACCCAUCUACGGAGCUGGUUGAAUCGCCCAGGGGCGCACCUGAUGUGACGUUUGCCAACACGGCGAUUCCCUUGGUGAGAGACUUCGUGAAGUCCAACUACAAGGACUAUCGGAAAGGAAAGGUGACCUUGCGACACCUGAAAAAUCACAUCGUGGCGCACAGCGAUUUGGGCCUCAGCUACGAGGACCUGCGCGAUGAUCGUUAUUCUGCCAUUAUCGAAGAUGAAGUGGACGCUAUUGUGGGCAGAUGCGACGGUGGCAAGAAGCCUGUGGCCUGUGUCGACGAUACAUAG